AUGUGUCAACGUAAGUGUUAUCAAGGACCCAACAGGAGUUUCCCUAAGGCCCAACAAAGUGUCUCCAAGUCCCAACAGAAGUGUUUCAAGUCCCAAACAGCAGUGUCCCUAAGUCCCCAACAGGAGUGUCCCCGACACGAGUGUCCCCAAGUCCUCAACAGAAGUAUCCCCAAGUCCCCAACAGAAUUGCCCCAAGUCUCCAACGGAAGUGCCCCCAAGUGUCCAACAGAAGUUCUCCCAAGUCUCCAACAGAAGUGUCCCCAAGUCUCCAACGGAAGUACCCCCAGGUGCCCAACAGAAGUGUCCCCAAGUCUCCAACGGAAGUACCCCCAGGGGCCCAACAGAAGUGUCCCCAAGUCCUCAACAGAAUUGUCUCCAAGUUCCCAACAGAAGUGUCCUCAAGUUCCUAUCAGAAUUGUCUCCAAGUUCCCGACAGAAGUGUCCCCGAGUCCCCAACAGAAGUGUUCCCAAGUCCCCAACAGAAGUGUACCCAAGUUCCUGACAGAAGUGUCCCUAAGUCCCAACAGAAGUGUCCCCAAGUCCCAGCAGAAGUGUCCCAGGGUCUCCAACAGAAGUUUCCCCAAGUCCCAGCAGAAGUGUCCCAGGGUCCCCAACAGAAAUGUCCCCAAGUCCCCAAAAGAAAGGUCCCAAGUCCCCCAACAGAAGUGUCCCCAAGUCCCCAAAAGAAGUGUCCAGCAAAAAGAAAGCUGUGCUGCCGAAAUCGUUUAG